CCCGAAGUGAAUUCAGACGGUACCACUCGAGAUUAUCACGAGGAAUACGAUUUUUUAGGAUUCUCAAUUAUUGUGAUUUUUUUAUAUUUUUUAUCUUCACAUUGAGUUGUUUUUAAUAAAGCGGAGAUGUCACUCAGGAACAUAAUCCUAUUUGCCUUUGCUGGGAUACUGUGGAGCUGUGUGUUGGGACUGCAACGACCAGCACCAAGAUACUCCCAGCAAUUCAUGCCGGAAACCUCGUUUACCUGUCGCAACAAGAUCGUGGGUAGUUACUACGCCGAUCCAGAGACAGACUGUCAGUUGUUCCACGUGUGUGUUUCCGUCGCCGGGGUUGUGCAGGAUUACAAAUUCCUGUGUCCAAACGACACAGCCUUCGACCAAGAAUCGCAAACCUGUGCGGACUGGUACGACGUUGACUGCGAGGCCGCCACGCUCUACUACGCCUCCGACAACUUCGACCUCUACCGCCUGGGCUCCGGCCUAGAGUCGGUUCACUAUGACUCCUUACGCAGUGACGCUGAACCCCAGGAUCACCUCCAGCGAAGCGAGUCCAACGACCCCGUGCGCUCCGCCGCCAACAGCCUGAACCGCGCCACCCCCACCUACGCCCCACAAUCGAACUCCAACAGUCGCGAUAUCCUGCGCGGCAGUAGCAGCAGCAACUUCUACAACAGUCGCAACAAUGUCAAGGACGAGGACUACGACAGCGAGAAGAGCUACCAAGAUGAACCCAUCGUCGAGCCCAAGAAGAAGCCCGGAGUGAGAAAAAUCGCCCGAAAGCAGCAGUACAACAGCAACAACAACAACAACAAUGAUGCGCCAUCGAGCACAGUAUCGCCGUCAUCCACUGCGAACUACAAUGCCUACAAUAACAACAACAGGAACUACUACAACAACCACAGAACGACUUAUGAGACCACAACAACAGUUCGGCCAACUCCGGACUACAGCGACAACAACAAUGGUAACAACAACUACAACAGAAACUACUACAACAACCAGAGAACAACAUACGAAACCCCAACAACAGCCCGGCCAACUUCGGACUACAACAGCAAUCAACGGAAUCAGAACCAGAACACUCAGAAGUACACUGCACCUUCGACCUUCAGGCCCCCGACAACUCAGCACUACAGUACCUAUCAAGCACCCAGCACAACAGCCAGAACAACAUCCCAGAACAACAACAACAACUACAAUCAGCAGAAUACGAAGUAUCAGGCAGCAUCAACAACAGUGAAGCCAUUUACGUUCAGUCAGAACUACCAACAUGCAACUUCACCGAGACCAACGACUUACAACCAGAAUUAUCAGGAUAACUACAGUGCAUCCAAUGGACAAUACAACAACAACAACAACCACAACAACAACAACAACAAUCAAAAAGGGCAGUACAAUCAGGCCUCACGAGUGCAACCAACAACAAUUGCGCCGAGCACGAACUAUCAGCAGACUGACUUCACAGGAUUCCAGCAGAGAAACUACAACAACAUUCAGCGGUCAACAACUGCAUUCCCGAGUACCACAGCUGCUAGUACUUUCUAUGAUGCCUACAACGCGAAUAAUCAGUUCACAGGGAAGACGAACGGUGUGACCAAGCAGAAUGCUCAGACUACUAACAACAAGUUCUACCAGAGCUACUCGACAGGCAUCUACGUGCCGACUACCUAUGCACCCAUCACUAAGAAAGCGAAUGAGGGAAAUGCCAGGGGAGGAGACAGGUACACCUCGCAGGAUGCUAAUGGUGGUCAGUUCACAGAUAAACCUUACAAGCCCGCACCGUUCUUCGAUGUGACUAAGGCGCCCAAGAAGGUUGCACAGUACAAUAAUUAUGAUAGUACGGCCAAGUACUUCGAGGCCAGCACCACUAACUACGAUUUUGGGAAGUCGUCAGCGGGUAUUGGAUUCAGCCCCUCGAGUAUAAAUCUGCUUGCUGAGACGCCCAAGACUACUACGCCAACAUCGAGGCGUAAUGGCUCACCCACAACAUACAAUCCCGUCAGUUUCAAUGGUAAUAAUCAGAGGGGAAUACAGCAGCAGACGACACCAAGACCAUCAACGUACAACAGCUCAGCUAGGCCAUUCUCAACAACUGCCAAGUUCACUGAUGCCACAACAUCGCGAUCCAAAUCACCCAAGAAGAAUGAUUACGAUUACGCGUAUUAUGACAAUGCCGGCGCACUUGAGUAUGAUGGCCUUGAUCUGGAACACGUCGCCGGUGGCAAAGAGUCAGCGAAAAUAUCGAGAAAUUAAGGAAUGUCAGAGCUUACUUAUGGAGUUACAGAGUAAAAUUUUUCUUUCGUCGAAACAAGUCGCAAAAAUUAUUCCUAUUUUUGGUCAAGGAUGAGUUUUGAAAAUUUUUGGGACUUGAUUCCGGUGGCCAGUAUGCAUCAAUCUGGUCUUUGAUGGUGAUUAUUUUUGUUCAAUUCAUGUGUUGAUCAGAGACCACUUUUGGUGAGCAAGAUGCAUGAAGAAAUUCAACGGACGAUCUUAGUGUCUUCGCUGGGCGAUUUUACUGAAUCAUUUUGUGGACUUUUUCGCCGAUCCCUAUUCUAAAUUCGAUUCACAAGAUCCCAAUGAACUAAGUUGAAUAGGAAAAUUGUAAAACUGUUGGCUUUAUUCUUCUGAUAAAUCGGCAAGAAAACUGUAGUUCUCCAUUGAAGAUGCAAGAAACUCCUAGUGAAUUUCGCAUACGUGACGGAGGUUUCUUAGUUAUUUUUAAAAUAAUGUUUCUGCAUUUCCCGUUUUUCGUCAAUUAUAUUUCGUGCGUCAACGAUUUUUUUCCAAGGGAUUUAAUCGCUCCAUUGGUGAGAUUGAUUUUUGUUUUUUUUGUUCGUCAGUAUUUAUAGAGUAGAUUUGGAAUUUCAUGUUUUGUUAACACUUAUGGCACUUUGGGACGGUGGAUUAUUGUAAAUUGCAAAUCUGUGGGUGAGUGGUAAUUGCACAUCAUUUUGAACGAUCUCUGAAAUUAAUGGAUUGAGGAGAAACGUUGGGAGUUUUUUUUUCCGAGGGGAUAAAAUUCUGCUACAAUUUCUUUGAAUCGCUUCCUUUCUGGGAUAUUUUGAAAAUCAUCUGCAAAGCUCUUUAUUUUGAGCUUGUUGUCUCCUUCUGGGGAUACCACUUCACCUGGCUUCGUGUUUGAUAGUAUCAGAUGGCAAUAACAUCGAGUGGACCUGCGAUCUGUUUGUCUUUUCGAAUCACAUUUGGGGAAUGUUUUGUACGAAGUGCCGCACGAAAUACGUUGGAUAAAUUAUCGAAUUGUAUAUCUUGCAGUUCUAUGUAUUCUUACUAUCCGUACUGAGUGUAUAUAUUAUAAAUAUUUUAAUUAAUAAA